AUGUCACAGGUUCCAGCUCGUGAACAUUUGAAGAGUCUCAUUGACUUUUAUCAGGCUGCGGAGAAGCUGCAUCGAGAAGCAGAGGCCGACGUUGUGUUUGCCAAGAAGCGACGGGAUGAGGCACGGACUAUGAAAGCAGAGACAUGGGAUCAGCUAGCGGAGGCGAGGAAGAAAUAUGACGUGGCCGACCUUGAGUUUCCUGUUCCAGUCCCUCUUCCUCAAAGAGAGAGCUCUCGAAGACUUGUCAAGAAACCGGUAGUUCGAAAGAGUAGUGUUCGCUCCAAUCGAGAAGAAGAAAGCUCUCCCUAUCCACCGGCAGCCCUCCCAGAUGAGGAAGGUAACUUAGCCGAGGACGUGUCUCCGUCCAGGAGAUACAAACCCUUACAGAACGAGGACGAAUUGAAGAGCGACCUCAGGAAGCUAGUGCCUUUGAUUCCUAACUUGACGGAACAGGAUGCACCAGGUACCCCACAGGAGCGCACAAGGAAAUCAAACGUGGCGCCGGUUCCUGAUUCGGCGCAACAGGAUGCACCAGGCACCCCACGUCGCAGCCAGAAAUCAAAGAUGCUGCCGAUUCCUGACUCGGCAGAACAGGAUGCACCAGGCACCCCACGUCGCAGUCGGAAAUCAAACUUGCCUUCGAUUCCAAACUCGACUGACCAGGGUUCUGGCGCCCUAGGAACCCCGCAUCGUACUCGCAAACCAAAGAUGGCGCCGAUUCCUGACUCGGCAGAACUAGUUCCAGGUACACCAGGAACUCCACACCGUAGUCGAAAAUCAUCACGGAGGGUUCUUGUUUCUCCAGCCGGUCGAAAGAGUACAGUAGUGGGAGGUUCCUUUUCCAUGCACAGAAGAUCGAUUGCACUCGAGUCGAAAAAUAUGGAUCUCCCUGUACUAGCAAUAUGCCAAGGUCGUAGUCGGGAAUGGUACGAGGCAAACUUUGAUGCAGAGAGCCUAGGAUUGGCGAAACGCUUUUAUCAAGCAGCUCUGGGCACCAAGACACAUGCUACAACCAAUCAAGUACACAUAUCCAGCGUCCUGCUGAAUGAUGAAUGGAAUAAAAUGGCAACGACAACAUCCGAGGUUCAGGAAUUAUACAUUGGUGUUAGCAACACUUCCGAUGGAAAAGAAACGCUUCGCGAUAGGGCCGCGAGAGCACUUGUCCAACCUCGACAACAGGAGCCAGUGGCAAUUUUCUUCGCUCCCAAGAAAACUAGAAACACUGAAGAUGUGUAUUAUGGUGGGCAUUGGAAGGUCGUUGCUGGCAAAAUGUUGGAGCCACCUCGAGUUGUCAAAGGGAUGCCUCGACAAUGUCUGGUAAGCUUUGUCUUUUGUGGUGUCGACCCAAACAUUGUAAAGGCCGUGAACGGUGAUUAG